ACUGUUUAGGGCAGUUUUGAAACCCGGUCCUAUAAAUCCGCCACACUUCACAGUGCACACUUUAGGGCGUAAAGCGAAGAUACGAAGCCGAAUACAACAGGGCUUUCCUUCCCAGAGCACAAAAAAAAUCCAUCUUUAUUCGAAGAAGGGUUAGAAGAUGGAUCGGUACCAGAGGGUUGAGAAGCCGAGAGUGGAGACCCCGAUAGACGAGAAUGAGGUUCGCAUUACGAGUCAGGGGCGGAUGCGAAGCUAUAUAACAUAUGCCAUGACUCUGCUUCAGGAAAAAGGUUCAACGGAGAUUGUGUUCAAGGCGAUGGGCAGAGCUAUCAAUAAAACUGUUACAAUUGUGGAGUUAAUCAAGAGGAGGAUUGUUGGUCUUCAUCAAAUUACAUCAAUUGCAUCCACUGAUAUCACGGAUACAUGGGAGCCCCUAGAAGAAGGCCUCCUUCCUCUGGAAACCACCAGGCAUGUUUCAAUGAUUACGAUAACCCUCUCAAAGAAGGAGCUGAAUACAUCCUCUGUUGGGUACCAGCAUCCAAUACCAGCUGACCAGGUCAAGGCAUUUGCUGAAUUUGAUUAUGAAGGAGAAGGAUCGCCUACUGGUCGUGGAAGAGGCCGUGGUGGUAGAGGGAGGGGAAGGUCUAGAGCAACUUAUGGGAAUGGAUAUGCAGCUGCUGGGUAUGAUGAUGGAGGUUGGGAAGGGAAUCGUGGCUACGCCAGGGGAAGGGGUCGUGGAAGAAGUCGUACCUUUCGUGGUCGUGGAAGAGGAGGGUUCAAUGGUCCUGCUGUUGAUACUCAAUAUGAAGCCGGAGGUUACAACCAAGAAGCUCCUUUUCAAGGCCGGGGUCGCGGACGUGGAAGGGGAUAUCGCGGAAGGGGUCGUGGUUUUAGAUCUAAUGGCCCGAUUCAUGCAGCUGCUGAAGGCACUUAACUAGAUUCGUUUAGAUACCGUGCAGCAUUCCUGCUUUAGCAUGUGUUCGGAUGUCUGCUUCAUAUUCGUCCGUGUUUACCUUUAAAUCUUUCCUUACUAAUUUUAGUUGGAGGAAGUUAGUGUAGACUAAUUUUACAGUUUUGGAACUGCAGCCCAUGUUUGUCAGCCUUUCUAUUCUUGCUCGGUGAGCAGCGUUUCUGUGUUUUAUGAAGUCAAUGUGUAGAUUAGUGUAGAAGUAGCUUGAUUACCAGUUUUGAAUAAGGAGUUGUGAUAAUGAUAAAGGUUGUAAUGUUUUCCCGCUAAA